GUUGUCAACCGCCAUUUGAAAACCACUGAAGAAGAAUCGUAAACGGAAGGGAUCAGUAACAAUUUUCAAGUUAGCGUUUUUUGUUGUUAUUUAGACGUUUAUUAACACCCUGGAACUCAAUAUGCCCCAUUGAACUCCACAGCAUCGCCUACUUACCCCAUAUAGUGUUUAAUUCGCGUUUGAAACAGGACUUGGUUGAUAGAUGUUAUCUAGAUAACGCGGACGUUGACUAGCUAGCUGCUAACAAUGGCUAACUGUAUGGCUUUUCACACGCAAAUAGCCUCCAUCAUGGAGGUGUUAGCGAAUGCAGCCGUGGCAGAAGUCUGUAAACUCGUAGACGACGACUAUGCAGUGUUUCGUUUGGAAAUAACUCAAAGCCAGAAAGAAAACAGGUCAUUGCGGAGGAAACUACAGCUACUGGAACUGAAGGUGGCACGGGACCGCGUCCUCACCAGUCGCCCCAGUAGUGUCAAGAUCCUCGACCGGUGCAGAGGAAUGACAAGCGGUGAAGGACAUCUUACUGGAGGCCACGGGAGCUUUGUGAAGCCAGCAGGACACAAUACAUGGAGAGAUGACCAACCAAUCACUGUUGAGGAGGGGAGUGGAACCUCAACCCAGCACGUUAUUGUGAUAGAGUCAGCAGAUGCAGAGGCUGCAAGUUCUGGGGUCAAGCAGGAGAGGUCUGUAGGAGAGGAGGACCCAAGACACAGAAAAGACAUCCAGACUGGAGUGUCUGGAAAGCACCUUGUAGCCACCAAGGACCUUGCCACCACCACCGUGCCCCAGGCCUGGACCCAACCCAGCAUCACAGAGGUCAGUGGAACGCCGAAGGCUGCCCUCAAGUCAGAGAUGGACACCGAGAUAUUAAUUGUAACACAAAGGCUCUUACACACAGGAUCUGACCACAGAUCAGACCCAGAGAGACUGGGGCUGGGGAGACUGGGCUGUCCUCCUGCUCCCAGCUCAGAGUAUUUACCGGUAUUUCACCAGAGCCAGAAGACGGUUCAUUCCCGUGGAGAUGGUGAUGCGUUAGAAACAGGAGGUGAUGAUCCGUCUUGUUCUUACACUACAGAGAUUGACCCUGGCAACAUAUCCUUGGGUUUAGAGACACAGACUGAUCUGUCCAGAGGGGACUGGAACCGGUACAGUAGUAGUGUAUACUCUGAAGGGUGCCUAGAUAAGAAAGGGGAGGUUAUAGUGGUAGAUGAAGUGACUGUGAAAGUGGAGGGUGAUGCUUCUCCCAUAUGGAAUGCAGAUAGUCACCUAGGAGACGGACACUCACAGGGCAGAGAUUUCUUAGAUUACAGGGGAAGCUUAGAGACAAAUCUAAAUGUUGCCUCCCACUCCCCUUUACACACAUUCAGGGAUCGCAAUCCUGCGUCCACAUUGAUGGCACCUUUCGCUUUACACAGCCAUGUCCUUUCCGAUCAGGUAUUGAACUCAAACGACAGGGCUAGAGUCCCGGCUCAGGGAGUGGGAGCCACAUCAGGCAAUGGUAAAGAGAAACGGUUCCUCUGCAUGUUCUGUAACAAAGGAUUCAGCUGCCCCCAAAAGCUAGAGAUCCACCAGAGGGUCCACACAGGGGUAAAACCGUUCAGCUGUACCCAGUGUCAUAUGCACUUUUCUGUGGCUGGAAACCUGAAGAGGCACCAGAGGGUCCAUACAGGGGUGAAACCCUUCAGCUGUACCCAGUGUCAAAUGCACUUUGCUCAGGCUGGUGACCUGAAGAGGCACGAGAGGGUCCACACAGGGGAGAAACCCUUCAGCUGCCCCCAGUGUGAGAAGAGGUUCUCCCGUCAGCACCAGCUGAAGAUGCACCUGAAGGUCCACACGGGAGAGAGGUCGUUCGCCUGUACACACUGCAGGAAGAGGUUCUCAGAGAGGAGCUACCUCAGGAUACACCAGCAGAAAAACCAUUCCACUCAAUAACAUAGAAAGUAACCAUUCCAUUUAAUAGCUUCUGACAAAGAUGCAUUUAUUAUCAGCUAAAAAGACCCACAGAUGCAUUUGGAAUAACAAGAGUAACAUAUUUCAGUAUAUAUUGCAAUAAGGCAUAAAAUGCAUUUGUAAAGUAUUCUGACCCCUUGACUUUUUCCGCAUUUUGUUACUUAUUCUAAAAUGGAUUAAAUCAAAACUAAUCUAUACACAAUAAUGCAUAAUGACAAAGCGAAAACAGGUUUAGAAUUUUUUGCAAAUGUAUUGUCAGGCCUUUAUGGUAGAGUGGCCAGGCGGAAGCCACUCCUCAGUAAAAGGCACAUGACAAACCGCUUGGAGUUUGCCGAAAAGGCACCUAAAGACUCUCAGACCAUGAGAAACAAGAUUCUCUGGUCAGAUGAAACCAAGAUUGAACUCUUUGGCCUGAAUGCCAAGCGUCACGUCUGGGGGAAACCUGUCACCAUCCUAACGGUGAACCAUGGUAGUGGCAGCAUCAUUCUGUGGGGAUGUUUUUUAGCCAUCAGGAUCAAGAAAGAUGAACGGAGCAAAGUACAGAGAGAUCCUUGAUGAAAAACUGCUCCAGAGCGCCCAGGACCUCGAACUGGGGUGACGGUUCACCUUCCAACAGAACAAUGACCCUAAGCACACAGCCAAGACAACACAGGAGUGGCUUUGGGACAAGUCUCUGAAUGUCCUUGAGUGGCCCAGCCAGAGCCCGGACUUGAAUCUGAUCAAACAUCUCUUGAGAGACCAGGAAAUAGCUGUGCAGCGAUGCUCCCCAUCCAACCUGACAUAGCUUGAGAUAAUCUGCAGAGAGAAAUGGGAGAAACUCCCCAAAUACAGGUGUGCCAAGCUUGUACCUUCAUACCCAAGAAGACUCGAGGCUGUAAUCACUGCCAAAGGUGCUUCAACAAAGUACUGAGUAAAGGGUCUGGAUACUUAUGUAAAUGUGAUAUGAGUGGUUUUUAUAUCAAGUUUGCAAGAAAUGUAAAAAAAGAAAUAAAAAGGGUUUGUUUUGUCAUUAUGGUGUAUUGUGUAGAUUGAGGGGAAAAAACAACUUAAUCCAUUUUAGAACAGGGCUGUAGCGUAAUAAAAUGUGGAAAAAGUGAAGGGGUCUGAAUACUUUCUGAAUGCACUGUAAGCCUAAAGUCUGUUUCAAAUUGUGUUUGUACUGUAUAGGCUAUGUGAUGUUCAUGAAAGCAUAUUACAUUACUUAAAUUCAACUGCUUAAUUUUUUCCCAAGACACUUUUUUAAUGAGAAAAUGAAUGCAGUUCAUCAAGUUCAUGCUGAUUUUUAUUUUUGAGACGUAUGUUUUCAUAUGUUGUAUUUAACUUGUUUGUUUAAUAAACACAAAAAUGGGACUUUUCA